CAGAUUUGGUUUUCGAACGUACUUCAGGACGUGGAACGGAGAGUGGCACUUUCUUACAAGAUUUUAAUUUAUUUCUAAUAUUAAUUCACAAAUCGUAGAGUUAAGACUUUAAAAUGGUAACAAAAUACUUAUUCUGUGCGGUUGCUGUAGCGGUGUUUGGCGGAGCCUUCGCCAAUAGCUGCCAGAACCCCCAAGUUGAGGCCGCAUCAUUCACAAGUUUAGAUGCGACGAUUGUUACACAUAUCGCGUAUAUUACGGAAUUCACACUGAAGUGCGACAACCCUCUGCCUGAAAACUACGCACUGUACGCCGAGGUUGAUGGAAAAUCGUUGACGGCGGCGCGUAUUGGCGACAACAAAUAUCAGAUCUCCUGGAUCGAAGAGCCGUCCAAGGCGCGUUCCGGCACGCACGAGAUCCGUGUGCUAGACGAGGAGGGCUGGGCGUCCCUAAGACGCGCUCGCCGCGCCGACCCGGCUGCGGAUGUCGCUCCGCUGCUGGCUAUCCAGCUACAGCAUCCUGGCAGCUACUCCGGCCCCUGGGUGAACUCCGAAGUGCUUGCCACGGGAAUGUCUAUCCUCGUCGCGUACGUAGCCCUCAGGAACAAGAGCAAGAUCUUAGCGUAGGCUGUAUUUUAGUACUUUGUUAAUUUUAAAAUAAAUUGAUAAUUUAUAGAAA